AGGGAGGCCUCUCUCAACACGUAACUAUCUCUGCUCCAAGCUGUAAACACGAACGCAAAUAACUUGAAAACGUCGUUCUCAACAUUUAUUAACUGCAUUUGUCAGGAAAAGCACAGCGCACCGUAAAAGGAUAAUGGAAGACGAUGUAUUAACGACGCUGAAAAUAUUGAUAAUAGGGGAAAGUGGCGUUGGAAAGUCCAGCCUCCUCUUGAGAUUCACAGAUGACACAUUUGACCCAGAGCAAGCAGCAACAAUAGGUGUUGACUUCAAAGUGAAGACCAUUUCUGUGGAUGGGAACAAGGCAAAGCUGGCGAUAUGGGACACUGCAGGUCAGGAACGAUUUCGAACCCUGACACCUAGUUACUACCGUGGAGCACAAGGAGUCAUACUGGUGUACGAUGUUACACGAAGGGAAACCUUUACCAAGCUUGACAACUGGCUCAAUGAGCUGGAGACAUACUGUACAAGGAACGACCUUGUGAAAAUGCUUGUGGGAAACAAAAUUGAUAAGGAAAACCACGAGCUAGACAGGGCCGAAGGGCUGAAGUUUGCAAGAAAACAUUCCAUGCUUUUUAUAGAGGCGAGUGCUAAGACCAAGGACGGCGUCCAGUGUGCAUUUGAGGAGCUGGUGGAGAAAAUCAUCCAGACUCCUGGUUUAUGGCAGAGUGAGAGCCACGGCCGGGGAGUCCAGCUCUCUGAUGAAGACGCAGGAGGCGGAACCUGCGGCGGUUACUGCUCACUGGUCUAGAGAACACACACAAACAUGCACACACAUAAACAAAUGUUCAUACAUAGCCCUGUGAUUACCACAAUGUCACACACACAACCACACACACAUAUACACAAACACACCUAAAAGACCAGCCCCCCACUCCCACUUUGUGCUGACCCUCCUCAGACAUGAAGGCAGUGGAGGUUUGACUCUGAGCUGGAAUGAGCGAUUGACCGACUGUCCACUCUCUCUACAUGUGUUCACACAGGCACAGACACUACCUUUUGCACACUUUGUAAUAUCAAUGCUGCGCUAGGAUGCAAAUGCAGCUCAGCCUUCCACUCUGUGGCAUCUGAGUGAGUUUUUCUCUGUAUGUUGUGUUAAAAUACAACUUAGUGCAGUUGCAGGACCUUGCUUAGACAAUUUCUCGGUUUAUACUGUGUGAUUAAACCUGCAGUAAACAGAGGUUUGGAGAUUUGUGUAUCAGGUGGAGAACCUCUCCAUGAAUGGGGUUCAGUGUUGCUUUACUGAAAACUGCAAAAGUGAGGGAAAUGAAGGUAAUAUUCUCAGUGAAGUGGUAAGUGAAAUGUCCUAAAGUGACCCUUCCUAUAUUUGAAUAGCAAAAAAGAAUGCUGAGAAUAUAGGUUAAAUGGGUUUAAGCAGUGCUUCUCAACCGGUCUCACCACAGUGGUGUCCAAACAAAAUGGUUUCGGAAAAAAAGUUGGGAAAUUUGGCCAAAUUUGGUCAGUAAUAAAG